AUGGCUUCUUCCUUGUCACUCAGCCCAACCUUGUCACUCGGCCGUCCAAUUGAUCGGAAAUUGUUUGCUGGAAUUUCUAAUUAUCCGAUUGUCGGAAAAUUGAUGGUUGGAUCUUGUUCUUCUGCCCAAUAUUUUAGGUAUAGGCUUAACUCCGCCUUUUAUUCCAAAGCCAUGAGAACGUUGGCCGAGCCUAUAUUGUCGCCUUCACCUACACAAAACCCAUCAUCAUCCUCGUCAUCUCCUUGGCUAAUGCUGCCGCCUGCCUUUGACGUUGAUGUUAGCGGCGCCGCCAGCAGGAGCUACAAGUUCUACAGCAUCGCCGACAACAACAUCGUAACCCUAAGUACAGGUAAAAGCAGCAAAGAAAGAGAGGAAUUGACAUGGUCGCCCAUGUGGGUUACGGGAUCUUCACACGGCUGGCUAGCUUUGCUGUGCCCCCGAAGCCGCAAUCUGUUUCUUUAUAAUCCCAUCUCCCGUCGACAGAUAAACCUGCCUUCCCUUGGCGACCUGCCCAGUUACCCACCCACCAAUUACCCUCGUGCAUUCAAGGUCAUCCUCACGUGCUCCCCAGAUGGACCAAAUUCCCGGGCCGUGAUGAUUUAUAAUAACAUACGUGGGCUGGCCUUCUGUUGCCCAGGGUUCGGCAAGGAGUGGAUCCGCAUCGGAGAUCACCACUGGUUUGAUGAAAAUAAGGGAGAGGCCUUCAGCCGAGGCUACAAAGAUUGUGUCUAUUCGACAAGACACGAAGCAUUGUUUAGUCUAACGAAACAUAGUGGUGUGUUGGAAACUUGGGAUCUUAGGGACCCUCAGUCACCACGGGCUAUGAAGAUGGUCAGAGUUAGUAAGAAGGUUGGAAUAUUUUGCUACCAGAGGAGGACAAGGAAAGAUGAGAGGAGGACAAGGAAAGUUGAGAAGAAGCUGCGGCGUACGAGUACUCCAGUGGAGCAUCUUGUAGUGGCCGGGCAGGAUCUUCUUGUGGUAACUCAAUAUGUGGUUGGUAGAUUUGAUUUUGAUGGUUUGUAUGUUGACACUGCUGACCCGUAUGCCUUUGCCUACGAACGAGGCCUUCCGUGUGUGACUGUUGAUUUUGAUGUUCAUAAAUAUGACCCUGAGGAUGGGGAAUUUAAGUAUGUGGAAGGUUCGUCUUUGGGUGGUUGGGCUCUUUUUGUCGGCUUCUUUAGCGAUGCAGUCGCGUUACCGGCGGCUGAGUUCCCGGAGCUGAAGCCUAAUUCCAUUUACUUCACGGAUGCAAUGGAAGAUGUGCUGAUUGACAAUUUCAAAACUGGUGGCCAUGACAUUGGCAUUUUCAAUUACGUGGACAAGACUGUGUUUCCAUGCUAUUUUCCAUGUGAUGUCAAGAACAUGAGAAAGUCUUUCCCAGCGCCUAUGUGGUUCUUCCCAAGUCGUGAAUGA